AUGGCCUUUGGAUUAUAUGCUCUACUGGAAGCUAGUGUUCUUAUUCUGAACGCCAUUUGCAUUCUUCAUGAACAGAGAUUCCUUGCCAAAUAUGGUUGGGGAUCUGAUACAUAUCAAUUUGGCACCGACAGCUCAAUGAAAUCCCGCUUGCUUACAUUCAUUAUUUCAGUUCGAACUGUUAUGCGAAUUCCUCUCAUAGGUGUAAAUACUCUACUUAUCGUAUUUAAAUUACUAUUGGGGUGA